AAAAUACAAAAAACAAAAAAUAUAGGAUUUAGACACGUGUAGGGUGGAUAAUCACUGCAUAAUUCCUCAAUUUCAUUAUAAAUAGCAAGCAAGGCCCCAACCAAGGAAGGCAUCCAAACCCAAUAUAAAUCUUAAUUAGCUUUUAUCAUAUUUUAUAGUCUUUUUCUCUUCAAAGUUCAAACCAUAUACUAAAAACAUGUCUUGCUGCUCAGGAAAGUGUGGUUGUGGUUCUGCCUGCUCUUGCGGCAGUGGCUGCACUGGAUGUGGCAAGUACCCUGAUCUUGGAAUCUUAGAGACUACCACCUCUGUGUCUCUCAUUACUGGAAUAGCCCCAGCCAAGGCUUACUAUGUGGACUCAGAGAUGAGCUAUGGAGCUGAGAAUGAUGGCUGCAACUGUGGUUCUAGCUGCAAAUGUGGCUCAGACUGCAAGUGCGGUAAAUGAUCUAUCAGUGGAUAAAGAGCCCAAACCCCCGGAAAAAAGGCCAUAUAAUUAUAUAUAUGAAAUAAGAGAAUAAUAAUAUAAUUAAAUAUUAUAUCAUAAUGAUUGGAAAAGUGUGUAGUGAAAAUCAAAUGUUUGGGUAAUGAAUGUUUUAGAGUGCUGUACUCCAGAAGUACUGAAUAAUAUUUGAAUGGUUUUAAUUAA